GUAUGUAUGAACAUGGCCAGACUGACCUUACUCCUCCGUUUCAAGGAGACUUUCACCAUUUUAUUCUAGAACUCGGUCCGUCCUUGACUUCCGCGCAACCAAGACUCCACUCCAAACUUGCACUAUUUCCAAACCAUCAAUUUGGCGAAAUGUGCACCAAGAAAAGGUUGACUUGUCUCCUCCUGAGCAUGGUGCUGGCUACCCUCGAAAUCAACGCGGUUCAAGCCAACGGUCACAAACAGAAGUUUGGAGACGGUUGCUCCAAGAACAAAAAGUGCGACUUUACCAAAUGGCUGCGUUGCGAAGAUGGAAAAUGCGUCUGCUUUCAGAACAACAAGGAAGGAAGGGUGAACUUGUACUAUGACCCUGUUUCGGAACGUUGCGUGGGUCGAAGUGGGACUAACUGCUCGCAAAAGUUUUAUCCGUUCGACGAUGAGGACACGCAUCAUUUCCACAUGCGCGGGACGACGACGAACCACUGGAGGUACGGGAACGGGUCCUUGAGAUGUGGGGCAAACGCCUUUUGCGACUAUGACGGUUCCAGUUCCACGCACAUUUGCAACUGUCGCAAAAACUACUAUGAGACGGAAAAUGGGCGAUGUCACAAGCUCAAGGGACACGGCGACUCUUGCACCAGCAGCAAUGAAUGCGACCCGGACGUGUUUCUCCACUGCGAGUCGGGGGAGUGCAAAUGUGCGAAAGACGAGCACCUCUUCGACUCCAACUCCAACAAGUGCGUGGUGUCCGCAGGGCGUCCGUGUGACACGCGAGUGAACCGUUUGGAUAAGCGCGUCGUGGAUGACUGCACUUCAGAAGCAUUUUGUGAGACGGUGGGACUCCCGAACGUUUGUCGGUGCAACAUGGGGACGCAGAUUCAUUCGGACAGAACGUGCCAAAACGGGUUUGGACAACAUUGUGAUCAUGACCAUCCUUGUGGCGACUCGAAACUGAGCUGUAGGUCAAAAGUGUGCCAGUGCAAAUCUCCUCUGCACAUGAAAUAUGAUGAAGCGACGGGUCAGUGUGUUGGGAUUGCAUCUGGUCCUUGUGUUUUCAACGACACGUCCGAGCUGGCAAUCCAGUGCACCAGAAAUGCGGAGUGCAUCACCUCCAAGCGCGGACUAUUCAGCGAGUGCAGAUGCAAGGAUGGAUUCUUGCAAACCAUUGAUGGAGAUUGUGUCAAAGUUCACGGGUCGGAUUGUGAGAUUGACAGUGAAUGCGACACAGUUGCACCAUUGGCAUGCAUAAAUGCCCAUUGCGAGUGUCCAGAUAUCCUUCUACGCUACGACCCCAAAACAAGACGGUGCAGAGGAAUCGUGGGUUCGCGAUGCAACUUGCAGGAGGACUCGUGCGUCGAACACGCCACAUGCAACAAAUUUCAAGACGUGGUGGGAGGGAGCAUUGGGAGGUGCCUCUGCAAUCGAGGUUAUCAAGAAACUCUGAACCGUACCUGCUCCAACUGAGGUGUCGCAACUGUGGGUCGAACGUCGACGAAAGACAAUUUACUACUGGCCGUGAAUCUAUUAUUCAUCGCCGCUCAUUCUAUUUAAUUAACUCCUUGUGUAAUCCUAAAACUAUUCGUAAUAAGGGACGAGAACUUUAUCAGGAACUCCACGUCUAGAAAUAGGUUGGCCAGGUAGAACUUGAGUACGAUGAGAUUGUGUAAUGCGAAAUAAAUUGCUCUGUUACGCAACCAAACCGAGUUCUCAGAAAUAUAAGUGUAUAGAAAUUGAUUA